UCCUGUAGCCUACUUACAUUGGUAUACAUGUGGUGGUGUCCUGAGACAUCUCUUCCAUCUGUAUACGUGUAUUCCAUUUUCGAGUCCUAUAUAGGUUGCCCUCCGCUGUGUUGUCCUGCGCCUCUGCUCAUCACACUCACUAUUCGGCAACAAUUUCUUCGGUCCCGACAAUCAGACAAACGCCCCAACCCCAACCUGCUCUCUUGUUAGACCCCAAACCCCCCAACAUGGCCUUCCCCCCGAUCGUCUCAGCCACCGUGCAGUCCGCGGCCCUGGCGGCGACGUCGAACCUACUGGCACAAGGUCUGACGGCCUAUCGGAAUGAGGCACCUCUCAUCAUAGACUGGACCCCCGUCUUCCAAUUCGUCCUCUACGCACUCGUCAACGUGCCGCCCAACUUCUUAUGGCAAGACUUCCUCGAGUCGACCUUCCCCUCCGCGCCUGCGCCUAGCCCCGGCCCAGACACGCAGGACGCGAAGGCGCGGCCGCGGGAGGCCGCGGGGGCGGCGCCGCCCAAGCUGCACCUGGGCAACACGGCGGCGAAGCUGGCGCUGGACCAGACGGUGGGGGCGGCGGCGAACACGGUGCUGUUCAGCGUGUUCAUGCACUCGCUGCAGGCGGCGAUGGCGCGGCCGGCCGGCGGCGGGUACGGCCGCGUCGACUGGGCGCAGGUCGCGGCCGCCAGCCGCGCCGAGUUCGUGCCCCUGCUCGUCGCCGGCUGGCGCCUCUGGCCCCUCGUCAGCCUCGUCAACUUCGCCUUCGUCCGCAGCGUCCCCGCCCGCAACCUCGUCGCCGCCCUCGCCGGCGUCGCCUGGGGCAUCUACGUGAGCCUCGUCGCCGCGCGGUAGCCCCGCGUCCGGCGCCGAGGGGGGGGGGGGGGG